AUGAAGGCAAAGAUUCAAAUGAAUAUGAAGAGGCAACAGACAAGUUUGAAAUAUGGAAAAUGUGGCAAUGUGGGUCACAAUGCCAGAUCUUGUGGCAAGAAAAUCCUUUCUUAUGCCAAGAAGGAUCAGAGCCCACUGGUUAAAGCAAGCCGGUCAAUUUUGCAAAUUAAGAGGGCUAAUGCUGCAAGACAGGAGAAAGCAGCUAAGGCUACUGCAAAAAAGGCCAAAGAAAAAGAAAGGAAAGCAAAGAAACAGAAACAAGGUUUAAGCAUUGAUAAGCAGGUGAAACAAGGCUCCACCUCCACCAUAGAGAAAGGGAAAGAAGGGCCAAGCAUGGCACCACCUGCUCCAUUUGUAGAAAAAACUGACUGGGAUGAUGUGGGCUUUGUGUCACAAUUGACACAAGAUUUUUGUACUCCACAGCUUGAGAUGACAAAGGGACCCACACCCCUUGAACAACUGAAAAUGGGAUUAGGAGAUGAUUCAUACUUUAGAGGUAAGCAGUUGGAGGCCAUCACUGCAAGAGAUGGAACUCCAAAAAUGUUUGAAAGGAUUCAAAAUGACCUCUCUUUGGGUAGCUCAUCUCAGAAGUUGAAGUAG